AAUCACUGCAUCAGCAGAUUGUGCACAAGCCGAGGAACACACCUUGAAAUCUCGCUUUUAGCUCUCCGAUUUUCCCUUUAAAAUGAUCCCAGGGUCUUUCCCCUGUGCGUCUUCCUGAAGAAUGCUAUUAACAUACAUAAUACCAAUAUCGCUUUUAUCGGAUAUUUAGAAGACAAAAAAAAAAAAAAAGUGUUUGUUUCUUUAAAUUAUUUUACAUUUUAUUGACUGGAAAAAAAGAUUGUAUUUAAAUACGGCUCUUCAAAAAAGGUAGUCCUGCCCCCCCUUCUGUACUUGACCUUUGACCGUGCCCAUCCCGUUUAGAGAGAGAGAGAGAGAGAGAGAUGACGGAUACAAUCGAAGACUAAAACCUGGAGAAAAUAACGACAGAAAGGAGGGAAAAACUACAACAAAACCGAAAGAAAAAGGGAAAGAACCGAAUACAAUAGAAGAAAGAAAGAAAGAGAGAGAGAGAAAUCAUACACACUUAUACCACAAACAGAUCUUUCAGCCUGUAGCACAGCAACCGGGCUGUUGUUAUUAUUAUUAUUAUUAUUAUUAUUAUUAUUAUUAUUAUUAUUAUUAUUAUUAUUAAAUAUAUAUAAGGCGCAAGCACUAAUAAAACUGCAACCCGUUAAAACCUACUAAAUGAACUACGCAAAUUUAAAACCGAUUACACAAUUUAUUGAAAUCAAUGUAUAAAGAUACAAGUUCAUAAAAAGAACUGAGACACAUCAAACUAGAUAUAACAGGUGCAGUGUGGGCACAUUGAAACACUUCAAUAAGCAUCUGAUAACACGGCGCUACACACACACACACACACACACACACACACACACACACACACACACACACACACACACACACACACACACACACACACACACAGAGAGAGAGAGAGUCCGAUUCAGACCAAAAAGCUCGAAACUCCGCAUUUAAACUCUCAAAACCCACAGCAAUAAAAGCCCUGCAGCAUGGAUAUGAACGCAGAAAGCUACUCGUUUCUCACCGAGACCACAGCGCCCCCUAGCGUCGCCGUGGGGGAAUCACAGAACUACUUGUCAACCGCAGAACCCAGAACCGAACCUGAACCAGCCCAGCCAGCCUCAGAACUGGCCCAGCCCGUCUCAGAACCGACCCAGCCCAUCUCAGAACCGGUGCAGCCAGCAUCAGAACCGGCCCAGCCCAUCUUAGAACUGACCCAGCCUGCAUCAGAACCGGCCCAGCCCAUCCCAGAACCGGCCCAGCCCAUCUUAGAACUGACCCAGCCUGCAUCAGAACCGGCCCAGCCCAUCCCAGAACCGGCCCAGCCCAUCUUAGAAGUGACCCAGCCUGCAUCAGAACCGGCCCAGCCCAUCUCAGAACCGGCCCAGCCCAUCUUAGAACUGACCCAGCCCGCAUCAGAAUCGGCCCAGCCCAUCUCAGAACCGACCCAGUCCGACUCAGAACCAGCAAUGCCUCCGCCGCACUGGGAGCCGGACAGCACAACAGUGCUGUUCGUUGACGAGAAGCGGCUGGAGAACGGAAACGGUCUCCCGGCCCCAGCGGCAAUCCGCUCCGCGGUGAGCAUCGGGGACCUCCACGCCACGCCCGACUCCAAGCGCCGGCCGCGCAAGGAGCACCACCAUGGCCGCCGCUCCCGAGCCGGGAGCAAGUCGGGCUCCGUCUGCCACCUCCCCCAUGUGGGCACCAACUCGCCGCGGCCCAGCCUGUGCCGCCAGCACUCCAACGCUACCAACAGCGGGCUGGAAACCGGGGAGAAGCCGCGGGACUUUCUCAUCGCCUCCAUCCUGUCGUGCUUCUGCCCCAUGUGGCCGGUCAACAUCGUGGCGUUCGUCUACUCCGUCAUGUCUCGUAAUAGUUUUCAGCAGGGUGAUAUCGAUGGGGCUCGGAGGCUGGGCAAUGUUGCGAAGCUCCUCAGCAUCGUGGCUAUAAUGGGGGGGAUUAUGAUCAUAGCAACCUCCUGCAUCAUCAACUGGGGCAGUGAGUAUCCCUCCGUCCUUCAUCUCUCUCUCCCUCCUUCUCUCCCUUUCCCUCUCUUUCUCCAUCCCUAUAUCGCCCUUUCCUUCGACCCUCCCUCUCCCCCUCUCUAUCUCCUGCAUCACCAACUGGAGCAGUGA